AGACUUAUGCAACGGGUGUUUCAUCGUGGAUUAAACAAGAGGAGGAGCCACGCUGCCCUGAACAGCAGCACUUGGAGAAGGAGGAAAUCUCUGCAGAUCCAAGUACAGAUGAAAACACGAAGAGGGACCCUCCAGCAGAUUGCUUUGAGAGCACCACCUGUGACUCAGAGGCACCAGGAAGGCCAGGAGAGAUGUUCCCCAAGGAUCCCAGCCCUGGAGUGACAUGGGACAGUCAGUGGAAUUCAGAAAUGAUGGAAACAAACAGCACUGGGAACGGGAACGGGUACAACCGAGGGUUUGGUGAGCACUUGGAUUUCUUUAGUGCUCAGGAAAAGAGGCCCUGUGUGUCCAAGUGUGAGAGAAACUCCCCGCAGCAGGACCAGCCCCGGGCUCCACAGGGACAAGGGGAGAUGUUUCCAGGCCCCACGUGUGAGAGGGUGUUCCCUCUGCUGCACUCCCAGCUGGGAGAGAAGGGAACGGGGCCGGGAGCUGCCCCUGCCCCCUGCCAGGGGGGACAGACCCCCGGGGGCACAGCCAGGCUCUGGGACCAGGACCUGGGCGGGGAGGAACCUGCUGAAAACGAGGAGAACUUCCCCAUGGACACCUCUGGAGCCUGCUGGGAUCCCCCCCCAGCCCGGGGCAGCCCUGCCCACCAGCAGCAGAGCCAGGGCCGGGGCAAGUCCUACAUUUGCAGCGACUGUGGGAAAAGCUUCGUUUGCCACUCGUGGCUCGUCAGACACCAGACAACCCACACGGGAGAGAGGCCCUACAAAUGCUCUGAGUGUGACAAAACCUACAGGAGGAAGGAUUACCUCCUCAACCACCAGCGGAGGCACACGGGGGAGGGGCUUUUCCAGUGUCCUCUCUGCAGGAAAAGGUUUGUGCUCAGGAGGAGCCUGGUGAAGCAUCAGGAAAGCCACGUGCAGGAGGCACACCUGCCUCUGGCCAGCUGGCCCUGCACGGACAUCAGGGGCUCAGUGAUGCAUUCCAUACCCCUUCCUCCUGGUGUGGCUUUCCGGGGAUCUGCUCCCUCGGCGAUGGUUUAUUGCGCGGCCCUGAACUGCAGGAACGCCACGAGCGGCUCCUGCAAGAACAGCUCCGUGACUUUUCACGGGUUCCCUUUGCAAAACGAGGCUCUCCUGAAGCAAUGGAUCCAGAACAUGGGCAGGGACAUGGGAACCCCCUCCAAGUACGAGCGCCUGUGCUCGGCUCACUUCGAGGAGAGCUCCUUCGAGGGGGAUCCCCUGAAAAUCCGCAGGAGACGGCGGCUGCUGAAGGAGGCUGUUCCCAACAAAUUCAUCCUGGGGCAAGAUGGGAACUGGCUCGUGGGGACACCCCAGGGCUUCUGUGAUGGGAUGAGGAAUAAAACUCGGAAGCGAAUCCGGAAUCCCGAGCACCAGAGGCAGCAGACCCACCCCAAGGCGUCCGAGGUGCCGUGGUUCAUCUGCACGGAGUGCGGGAAGAGCUUUGCCCGGCACACGUACCUGCUCCGGCACCGCAGGAUCCACUCGGGGGUCAGGCCACACACCUGCCUGGAGUGUGUGCCACCGAUGCUCCUGCUGACAUUGGUGCCGAUGCCUGUGCCCGUGAUGCUGGUGCCAGUGCCAGAACUGGUGGCUGUGGUGAUGCCAGUGCCAGAGCCACUGCCAGUGCCGGUGUGGGUGCCCAUGCCAAUACUGGUGGCAGUGCCAGAGCUGAUGCUGGCGCUGCCAGUGGGCAUCACACAUGAUGCAGUUCUGGGGUUGCUGGUGGCUGAAAGCCCUACAACUGGGGGACGGGGGCUUCGCCAGAGUGACCACGGGCCUCCUCCCACUCGUGCCCUCCCCACGGCGCAGGUGCAGGAGUGGAACAUGGAAGCCCCUCACCUGAUGCCGCUGCAGCCGCCGCUGCUGCCGGAGCGGGCGCACGUGCGGGAGGCGCAGCUGCACUCGGCAGAGGCCUCGCUCUGGACCGUGGUGGCCACGGUGCAGGCCAUGGAGAGGAAGAUCGACCUCCUGGCCACCCGCCUGCUCAGCCUGGAGGGCCGCUCCGGCACGGCCGAGAAGAAGCUCCUGGACUGCGAGAAGACGGCCAUGGAGUUCGGGAACCAGCUGGAGAGCAAGUGGGCCGUGCUGGGCACCCUCAUCCAGGAGUACGGGCUGCUCCAGAGGCGCCUGGAGAAUGUGGAGAACCUCCUGAAGAACAGGAAUUUCUGGGUGCUGCGGCUGCCCCCCGGCCCCCGGGGCGAGGUCCCCAAGGUGCCGGUGACGUUUGUUGACAUCGCCGUCUACUUCUCGGCGGAGGAGUGGAAGAAUCUGGAGGAGUGGCAGAAGGAGCUGUACAACAACCUGGUGAAGGAGAACUACGAGGCUUUGCUCUCCCUGGACGGUGCCCUCUCCAGGAGCGAGGCUCAGCCCCGCAGCGAGCGCGGGGAAGGGCCCUGUGUUCCCGAGCAGCGGGAGCUGGAGCAGCGGGAGCUGCCGCCGGACGCCUGCGCAGAGUCGCUGAUCUCCACCUCCGACAUCCUGUCCCGGAUCAAGCAGGAGGUGGCCUUUGUGGGGGAGCAGCAGUUCCCAGAGGAGCGGGGGAUGCCCCCAGACCCCUGUGCAGGCGCGGACGCCCUGAUCACUGCACACGACUUCUUGUCGUGGAUCAAGCAGGAGGAGGAGCCCUGUGUCCGUGAGCCCUGGGAGCUGCCGGAGAGGGAGAUGCUGCCCCCGGGUCCUGGUCCUGCCGGCGAGGGGCUGCUGGUGAAGACGGAGGAGCGGUGCCCCCACGCCGAGCCCCCCGAGGAGGUGGGUUUGCCGGGCGGCUCCGGGGAGCUGCUCUUCCCCGGCCCGGGCUUCGGGACCCCCGAGGGACAGGCGGCGGUGCCAGCGGCCGUGGCUCUGCCGGCGCAGCACAGACUGGGCAAAGCUCCGGGCGCCGAGCCGGGCCCGGGCGCCGAGAGCGGGGGGGUCCCCGCGGCGCCUCCGGGACCCGCCGAGGAGCGUCCGCACGGCUGCGCCGAGUGCGGGAAGAGCUUCAGCGGGAAGAAGAGCCUGCGGAUCCACCAGCGCAGCCACGCGGCCGAGCGGCCCUACCCGUGCGCCGAGUGCGGCAAGAGCUUCAAUUGCCACUCGGGGCUGGUGCGGCACCAGAUGAUCCACCGCGGGGAGCGGCCCUACAAGUGCUCCGAGUGCGGCAAGUGCUACAGCCGCAAGGAGCACCUGCAGAACCACCAGCGGCUGCACACCGGGGAGCGCCCCUUCGCCUGCGCCCAGUGCGGCAAGAGCUUCAUCCGCAAGCAGAACCUGCUCAAGCACCAGCGCAUCCACACCGGGGAGCGCCCGUACCAGUGCCCGGCCUGCGGCCGCAGCUUCCGCUACAAGGAGUCCCUCAAGGACCACCAGCGCGUCCACGGGGCCGAGGCGGGGCCGCCCCCGCUGCCCCCGCCCGGGAUCAUGCCCCCCGGGGAUUAGGGGUUCCCUCCCCCCCGCCGCGGACUGACACCCCCCGGGACGGGGACGGGCACCGGCCACGCAGCUUCCGACCAAAUCGAGGUGCCCGGCCGGGGCGGGGGGCGCGGGGGGACC